ACCACCACCACCACCACCACUAUCACUACCACUACUGUUGCUACCACUACCACCGUUACUACCACUACUAUUGUCACUACCACCAGCAACGAUAGGACGGACGACGGUAGCGCCCUCUCUCAACGUUCUCGAUUCGAUGGCAGCCGCAACGGAGGGACGACAGGGGUGCCGAACCAGUCUCUUUCUCUCUGAUUACGAGAGGGAGAGAAAACGUUCGCGUGUUUCGGUGUAAAAAGGGUGGAGGAGGAGGAGAAAGAGGAAGAAGAGAGGAAGAAGAAGAAAAAGAAGAAGAAGAAGAAGAAGAAGAAGAAGAAGAAGGACGUGGAUAAAGCGUGGAUUGGUGGAGGGGUGUAUCCGGUAGGAGCGCAGUGCCAGACCGACAGUCGCACCCCGUCUUCGUCGUCGUCGUAUUCGAAGCCACCCCACAAUUGUCAUUGCGCGGUGUGUGACGGAGAACGUCACCGAAAGCAAUCAAGUUGGAACGAAGGAAGGAAGGAAGGGAGGAAGGGAGGAAGUAACGUUGGAAUGGAUGGCUGAGAUCGGUGUUAAUCAAAAUAUACGAUAUAGAAAGAAUUUGAACGAUUUAGUAAAACGAUCGGCAAGUUUUCCGAAAGGGCGGGGGCGCGAGAAAGAGGGUGUUGGAGAUAAAUAGGCUGCUGCCGCCUUCUCAAUAUGCCGCGUUGCCUCAUGGCCAAGAAAUGGAAGGCUUAUCCCUGGCCCGAUCGGCUCGAUGAUCAGCAACACGAACAAAACGGAUCGGUCGGUAUCGAACAGGAACAUGUUAACACCACGACUACCGGUCAUGAUCUUCAUAGAAAUUCUUCUUCGUUGGUUAUGGACAAGAAAACUAAUAGACAACAUCACGAGCCCGAGGAGGAGGAAAUUGACGUUGUUGGUGACAGCGAUAACAGGCAGGUCGAUCAUCAGCAAACCUGUUGGGGUCCUCAUAGUCCUACCGCUGGUGCUACCGCGCCAAGUCCACCACCGUUGAAUGCUUCUGGCGCUCUUUAUUAUCACGGUUAUACGCACGAAGCAUGGAUUAGUCACGAGGAACCACCUAAAUAUGCAACUUUGCGAUCGGCUGCGGAAUUGGCACAGCCAGUGGUACCUUCGCCACCUCCACAGGAUAUACAAGUUGUCUCGAGCGAUGGAGCGUCCCUGCAACCAACACCUACGCCAUCCACCGUUACUACAACCUCCCACAGUUUACCACCAAGAAAAAGCUUGUCCAUGUGUUUUACCAGCACCGGCACUGCUCUAUCCUUGCCACCUAAGAAGAAGGACAUAUAUCGGCCAUAUAGUCUUCAACCAACCACCGAAAUACGUACCUCGGCCGAGGAAGAUCUAUCAGCGGCACAGGCUAUCCUCGAUUUGAGUGCCUCACCGGCAGCACCCACGCAUUCGGUUUUCAUUCAUACUCUCUCAGCACCUCCGACGACUCAAGUACAAGCUAAUGUUGCCACCGUUGUGCAAUUGCAACAACAACAACAACAACAACAACAACAACAACAACAACAACAACACCAGCAACAACAACCGACCCAACAAUUACAAAGAGCACCUUCGCCCCAACCAAUACCGGUUUCCGUUUUGGUGCCAGUACCAACGUCUCAAAAUGCUCAGCUUCGUCAGCAAGAACAUGCGCCACCUCAACCCCAAUCUCCGGCCACUGCGGAAAGCAACGUUUCUGGAAAUUGUAACGGAAGGGACAGUAGCGGUAACGGUGGCAGCAAAACGGUCGCCUACACCUAUGAGGCCUUCUUUGUGUCCGACGGUCGUUCGAAACGUCGCGGGAGUAACAAUGGUGCCGUGGUGCCCGACAAAGAAGCCGUUCAACCUGACAGGCCAAAGUUCACAUGCACCGAAUGCGGCAAACAAUACGCUACCUCGUCGAAUCUAUCGCGGCACAAGCAAACUCACCGUAGUCUCGAUUCUCAGUCGGCAAAGAAGUGCAUUCACUGCGGCAAGGCGUACGUCAGUAUGCCAGCACUGGCGAUGCACGUGCUAACGCAUAAGCUCGCCCAUAGCUGUGGUGUUUGCGGGAAGAUGUUCUCAAGGCCUUGGCUACUUCAGGGUCAUCUUCGUAGCCAUACAGGUGAGAAGCCUUACGGAUGCGCACACUGCGGUAAGGCAUUUGCCGAUCGUUCGAAUUUGCGAGCGCACAUGCAAACCCAUUCGGCCGACAAGAAUUAUGAGUGCUCGAGAUGUCACAAAACGUUCGCUCUUAAAUCCUAUUUAAACAAGCAUCUCGAGUCUGCUUGUCUUCGGGACGAAGAUGUUCAACAACAACAACAACAGCAACAGCAACAGCAACAUCAACAUCAGCAUUGUACCAACGGACCUCAACAACAACAACAGCAACAGCAACAGCAGCAACAACAACAGCAACAUCAGCAAAGCCCAAAUCGAGGCUUGUAGCAGUGUUACGAGAAAUUUAACAGGCUUGACGGCUGCGCCACUGUAAAUGCUCUCAGAGAAAGCUAGCGGCUUCUCGCGGUAGUUGGAUAAACGACAAAAUGGAGAAAAAAUAGAGAGAGAAAGAGAGAGAGAGAGAGAGAGAAAAGAAACGAGAGAGAGAAGAAAAGAGAGAGAGAAGAAAAGAGAGAGAGAAAGAAAGCAAGCAAACAAGCGAAAGCAUCGAACGGGUCGAUCUUUAAAAAGGUUUGCCAUAGAUAUUAAGUAGUAAAGUGCCAGUGAAGAGGAAGAAAUUAAAGACGGUAGGUAAUGAUGAAAGAGAAGGAAGACAUAGUAGGUGAUCAAUAAUGUCUAACAUUUUCAAAAACGUCCAGUAAUGUUUAAGUCUUAAAAGAAACAAAGAGAGAACAAAAAAAAAA